UGCACCGUAUCAAAUCUCUUCAUCUUCUCAACAGCAAGCAUAGCAACCACAGCAACAAAAAACAUUGCUGUCAUGAACCUGUCUGGAGACCAGAUGUGCAAUGAGACCGGUAAGCUUGAGGCCCAGACCUUCCAGCAGGUCGCCUACAUCCCCGUCUUUGUGCUGGGCCUGGUGCUGAAUGCAAUGGCUGUGUCUACCUUCAUCCGGAGACGUCGUCAAUGGACAGACUCCCACAUCUACAUGCUGAAUCUGGCCCUGGCUGACUGCACACUGGUCCUCUUCCUACCAGUCCGAGUCUACGAUGCCUACCAUCCCAUCCAACCCUCACUGCUCUGCACCGUCAUGAUCUCCAUCCAUUACGUCAAUAUGUACGCCAGCAUCCUCACCGUCACCUGUAUCAGUGUGCACCGCUAUCUCAGCAUCAGGUUUCCCUUCUGGGCCCACCACACCAGAGCUAGGAAGAAGCUUGCCGCCUCGGUCUGCACUUUCAUCUGGGUCAUCAUAAUGGCAAUAUGUUUGGCCUUUCACUCAGAGAAUCUGCCAGAACGGCUGAGCACGUGCUAUAGACAUAAAGAAAAUGUGCGCUCCAUUCAUUUUGUCUUAGUGGUAGAAGUGGUGGGCUACCUCAUCCCAUUGCUGAUCAUGUCUUUCUGUUCCAUCCAAAUUUCUUGCAUUCUGCAGGAGACAAGUACAAGAGAGGAGAACUCUGAACAGAAGAGGACAUUUGUAAGACUCGUAAAAGCCAACUUGAUGGUUUUUUUUGUUUGCUACACGCCUAUCCAUGUCUACCUUUAUCUGGCAGAGUAUAAUAGGACCAACAAAGGUCCUUCAUCACCACUUCACAGCUUUCUUAAUUUUGCUGAAUGGAUUGCCACUACAAACUGCUGUCUGGAUUCAUUUGGGUAUUACUUCUUACUAAAGUCGGGAUUACGAGAUGCUACGUAG